GGCUAACUAUCGGUCACUGCUAUUAGCUGUUCCCGUCCGCAUUUUGACAAGGAAAAGCACUCAAAAUGCAAACCUCUCUGCUGAACUUCGGCCUUUUCUCAGUUUUUCAGCUUUUAAUCUCUUUAUCGUAUUUCCAGGAGGUUGUGGAAGCCACCAGCGGGAGAGGAUUCGGUGAUCACAUCCACUGGAGGACGCUGGAAGAUGCCAAGAAAGAAGCUGAAGCCAGCGGGCUGCCGAUCAUGGUCAUCAUCCACAAGAGCUGGUGUGGAGCCUGCAAAGCACUGAAGCCCAAGUUUGCUGAAUCCAAGGAGAUCUCUGAACUGGCGCACAACUUUGUAAUGGUGAACCUGGAGGAUGAAGAGGAGCCAAAGGAUGAAGCCUUCAGCCCAGAUGGGGGAUACAUUCCUCGGAUUCUUUUCCUUGAUCCGCUCGGCCAUGUCCAUCCUGAAAUCAACAACAAAAACGGGAACCCCAACUACAAGUACUUUUACAGCAAUGCAGAACACGUUAUAUCCGGUAUGAAGGAGGCUCAGGACAAGCUGACAGGGGACGCCUUCAACCAAGGUCACACUGGAGAUGAGCUGUGAGGAGGCUACGACGGGCUUCAGGCUGUAAGGGCUAAACUUCCUCUACCUGAGCCUGUGCUUUCAAGUUCCUCCAAACCACCCCUUAGGAUAUUUAUCCUUUUUCACACAGUGGGGUUCGUCUCACUGACUGAAGCCAACCAUUAUAGGAAUCGGUGCUUUAGUAUUUCUCUCUGUCCUUUACUACUACUCCUAAUGUAAUUAAAUGCCAUAUACUGUACUUACUGUCUGUAGAGGAUACAACCAACUCAAAUUAGCCACGUUUACUGCCAUCUGUUGUCAGUUAGUUAGAAACAUCACAUCUUUGAAAAGCCAAGACUUUAGGAAGAUGCUCCGUCUGCCAUAGACAAGUUUCGUUCUCAAACACACAAAGAGACCUUUAAAGUUUUCACCCAGGAGCAUUGAAGCUACACUUUUCACCUUAGUUCAGAUUAAGUAUUUAAACGCCUCCAGUGAUGUGCUUCCAGAGAUCCUCUACAGUAGGUGUAUCUUAUCUAUCUGUGAAACUUUUCACCAUGCACGACAUGGGGUUUGAACUUCUGAUUUGUUACUGAUUUAUUCCUGCCAGUUUGUGUGUACUUACUCAUCCAAACCAUAGACAGUAUGGAAGAUGGCUGGAGCUACCAUGUCGCCACGCUCUGGUUAGAGAAGUCUUGUUCUAAAGCCUUGAUGAGCUAAUUCGCUGUCACCUUCUUUUGGGUUUUGAAACCAUCAGCUCAUCAGGAAGUGUUUAAAAAGUCAGGGGAGAGGGUCUUUUCCACAUAGACUUCUAUAGGAUCCGAGGUCUUUUUGCAACCACUCGAGUCGCCCCCUGAUGAUCAUUAGAAAGAAAGCAGUUUUGAGGUACUUUGUGCUUCUGGCGUCACUUUUCAGACACUGAAGCUGCCUCCACCUUUUAUACCGUCUAUGAUCUAUAUCUAUAUUAGUUUUUUUGUUUUUUUUUUCUUUCCUGUUUUGCUGCUUGUAAAGUGACACCCCUCUUCAUUUUUUAUGGGCCUCAUUAAACUCUUGAAUUAAGGGAAGGAAUCAUUUGUGAAGUGUCUUGAUGUAUUUUAUACAUGAACACGGCCAAGUGUGCAAAUAAAGUUUGU